UUUCUUUUUCUUUCCCUUUUUAUAUAUAAUAUAUAUAUAUAUUAUUGACUCCUUUUUUUUUGGGUAUUCUAUGUCGAUACCGUCACCGUCAUUAUAUCAUGUACCAACACAACCACAACAACCUUCAUUUACCACUGACCAACAUCAAUACAAAAUCCGUACUAUCAAAGCAGUUGCCCAACCUAUUCCAGUCAAGAUGGUCAUGUCCAAUGUGCAAGUAGAGUCUCAACAGGGAGUUCUUAUUGACACUACUAGCAACAAUAACAAUACCAUUACAGUACCCUUACCAACAAAGCAAUUAGACAACGAUAACAAGCAUCAAAAUCAUCAAGUCGGAGCCGAUAACGGAGACAAUGGCGUAUAUCAACCAUCUCUUGUACUACGAUCUCCUUCCUCUUCUGCACCAUUGUUCCCAUCAUCAUCGCCAUCAUCUUCAUCUUUCUUCGAUCUUGUGGGUGUGGAUGACAACAAACAUACUUCAUCUAUUAAAUCAUCCAAUACUGCAACACAAUCUUCUAUUAGUGCAACCUCAAACUUAUCGAUAUCAUCAUUGGACGAGACAACAAUAACAAAAGAAGCCGGUACAACCCUUGGCAUCAUACCUUCACCACAUGACAACAACAACAACAACAAUGAAUCACUUCAUCCUAAUGCCGGGAUACCCUGUUUGGUGAAACAAAAAUCAUCAUCGUCAUCCUCCAAUAAAGUUACAACAAAAAAUGAUAACAUAGAUUCUCACCAAGAAACAAUGAAUUCGCAACAGUGGAUGAUGACAUUGAAACUUUUGAAGGAUCAGAUUCAGCAAAUCCAGAAAGAACGUGAACAAGAGAAAAUGGCAUAUUUGGCAAAGGAAGUGGAACGACGACAAUUGGAAAAAAGGAUGCUGGAUGAUAUUCAAAGAACGGGUGAACAGUUGGCUUAUUUUACACAACAGUUGGAACGGCAAGAAAAGCAACAUCGUCAGCAACAAGAACAACAAAGGCGUUAUCGAUCAAAAUCAGAGGAAAGACAGCGUGACAACAAUGAUAAAGGGCAAACAUCAAGAAGACCUCUUAGUCUAUUAUCUCUACCACUACUGGAUCAACCAAAUGGAUAUCAUUCUGCAAUGGAAGACGAUAAUGAUCACGAUAGUCACAGUACCAAAACCAAGAUCAGACAUCGACCCAAAAAGAAUAAAAACGAUACUGUAUCAGCUCUGCUUUCGCUAUCAUCAUCAUCAUCUUCUUCUUCUUCGGCAGGAUCAUCUGACUGUGAUGAUACUUACUCUUCAGCUAGCAACGGUAGAUCAGAUGAGGAAAGUGAUGCAAGACUGGAUCAUCAACAACAACAACAAAAUCAUCAUCAUCAUCGUCAUCAUCAUCAUCAUCAUCAUCAUCGACCAGGACGACCACAAGCACCAGGACCAUUAUCACAAAGAGAACCUGACCAACAACGACAUUCUCAACAUUCAACAUCUAAUUCAUCCUCGCCUUCUCAGCAAUAUCCAUGGCCUACUGAUCAUCAACAAGGAUAUUAUUAUCAACGUCACCCUUCUAUGGUUAUUUCACGCAUGGUACCACCAACAUCGGCAACGACGAAUCAACAGCUAUCAUGGAAUCAACCGCCGUCUCAUCAUCCGCCACCACCGUCUUCAUCAACAUCGACUCCUUUUUACAGUAGUAUCAACAAUGGGUUUACAUCACAUUCAUAUUAUGCGAUUCCUCCUUCUCUUAUGUCGUCGUCCUCCUCCUCUUCUUCUUUUCCACCAUCAAUGAAAAGAGAAAAGAGAAGACAAAUCAUCAACAGUCAUCCGCCUGUGGCUUCAUCAACAUCAUCAACUUCUCAUGGUUUACCAUUACAACCACCGCCGUCAUCAUCAUCAUCAUCAUCAUCAUCUCAUCCUCCUCCUUCCAGUUAUCACUCUACAUCCUCUUCAUCUCGUUAUAGAACUUACCCAUCGGCUGGUCCCAAUACUUUCCCUCUUCCUCGUCCUCCGCCUCAUCAUCAUCCCGUGCCACCAUUACAUCCUUCAUUGUUACCCCCAUUUCAUCAUCAUCCUUCCAUCUUUCCUCCUCCAUCUUCUCAUAAUGACAGUACAGGCUUAUUUAUGUAGUGUAGUCUUUAUUAGUUGAAUAAAAAUUGUUUCGUAUUCUAUUUUUUUUU